CCCUUUGAUCUCUCUCUCGCGUGUGCACGCGCGCGCCGAGUGCGCCGCUCCGCUGCUUCCCGAAUCGCCGAGUCUCUCUCUCUCUCUCUCUCUCUCUCUCUCUCGUUCGCUCCAUGAUCUCUCGCUCAUGGCGCGGCGGCGGGUGCUGCUGCUUCUGAAGCCCUUCGACGUCUAUCCGCCGCGUCCCAACCCUACCGUCGCCGCCGCCGCCGCCGCCGCCGCCGCUUCCUCCUCGUCUUCGCCUCGCACCAUCAAUCCCAGGCUUCUAAGUUUCUUGGACGACAGACGCAGAGUUCACAAGGACACAAUUAAUUUCUGUCGAAGUGUAUUGGAACGAAAAGCUCUUGAUUGGGAACUGGUAUUGCGUAACCAUUUGUCGUGUCCAAUUCAUCACGUGGAUCUCGUGAUUACUGUUGGUGGGGAUGGCACUCUCUUACAGGCGAGCCACUUCUUAGAUGGCUCAACUCCAGUUGUAGGAGUUAACUCGGAUCCUACACGAGUCAAAGAGGUGGAUGAGUUCAGUGAUGAGUUUGAUGCAACAAGAAGCACAGGCUAUCUCUGUGCUGCUUCUGCCGAAAAUUUUGAGGAGGUACUUGAUGAAAUCCUCGAGGGUCGAAAACAUCCUACUGAACUCUCAAGAAUAUCAGUAAACCUAAAUGGUAGUCGCAUGCCAACAUUUGCUCUUAACGAUAUUUUGGUGUCACAUCCUUGUCCAGCAUCCGUAUCUCGGUUCUCAUUUCGAAUCAAAAGCAAGUGUGGCAAGAGCUCACACUUAGUUAACAGCCGAUCAAGCGGCUUCAGGGUCUGCACAGCUGCAGGAUCAACGCCGAUCUCAAGCCGCGAACUUCAGUACAUAGUAAGAGAGCCCAUUUUGCCUCAAGAUUCAGACAUUUCAUUGAUGCAUGGUGUGAUCAAAUCCAACGAAUCAAUGCGUCUUGAAUGGUAUAGUCAAGAAGGCGUAGUGUACGUCGACGGUUCACAUGUAGUCCAUUCGAUCCGGCAUGGAGAUAGCAUCGAGAUGUCAUCAGAGGCCCCAAUUUUGAAAGUAUUUUUGCCUCAAAGAUUGACCAGUUAGUUUAUUCCUCAAAAUGAUAGUACCUCAUAUUUAAUCUUGUCACACAUAUGUUGUGAACGUUUAACGGCCGUUUCAGUUUAUUUUUGUUACAAAUAUGUUGUGAAUUUACAGUUACUUAGUACAGUGCUGGUAGGGUGUCUAUUUUCUUUCUUUC